AUGCCGUCGUUUAGAAGAAAAUCAAGCUCCAAUUUAACCCUGCAUGUUAACCCUAACCGUAGCCUGUCUCAGGGCAACAGACCUCUACUACUAUCUCGAGACAGUGACUAUGGGUCGACCAGCCUGACCGUCACCGGUAAAUCUCCAAAAGGAAGCCGCACCCCGGAACCUAGGUCGAGAGAAAACGAGCUGAUCGAGUCUCCCGCUAUUUCUGUCACUCCUUCUGUUCUAGAAGACGAUGUAUUCAUAGAACCCGGCCCUAGUUUAGAUUAUUUAUUGGACAGUGGGGCCACGACGGUGGAGGAUGAGAGGGAAGGUUUAGAGAACAGCAUUACCUCCCUGGAUAGACAGCUCAGUGAAUGGGCCACAUACAACAAGAAGAAAUCAUUGGAUAAAAAACAACUGUUUGAGUAUAUAAAAUGUGGACUAUUGUUUAUUUUUGUUGUAGUUUGUAGCGUAAGUUUAUUUAAACCAGAUUUCUGUCUACCAACCAACAAAACUCAGUUUAGUUUUUAA